UUAAAAUUAUAAAUAUAAAAAUGUAUUAAUUUUGUAAAUAUUAUCAAUUUCAUUGAAUAAGUCUUUGAAUUUGGCUAAUAAGUACGUAAAACAUUUCCAACUGAUUUAGUUAAUAUUUUUCCAAAAGCCAUAUUACUAGAAAGUAAAGAAGUUGUAAAUCUUACGAUUCUUUUUUCGAUAUCUUUAGAUUAGAAAAGAAGACGCGCACGCAUAGUAAAGUUACGUGAAUCGGACGCAUGUGUUAGUACUGUUCAAAAUGGUUCUGUAUAGAUACAUGGAAGCCGAUGCAGCCAAUGCUGCGUUCGACUGUACAGUUCCCGCCCGUCGGUUCUGCGAGAUGGUAGGAGUCAGUUCAACAGUCUCCUCUUUGAUUUUUCUUUCACGAUGUUUCUAUAAAACUACGAUUCGGUUCACAUUCUUCUUCAUUUGCAAAAUCUCCAAAUUAGUUUCUUUUCUCCAUCCAUCCUCUUUAACGAUUUAGGAAGACAAUUACUUGAGCGCAAUAUUUUUUUCUACAUUUACAGUUGACUCGAGUGUUACUUAAUGUAAAUAAAUUUUUAGGAACUGUAUCAAAACUUUUAUUUGUAUUUUGUAAAAUACACUAUUGUUUCUAUCAUUUCUAUCAUUGUAUUAGAUCAACUCAAAAAUACUUUUAAAUUAUUUGUAUUAGUUACGUUAUUUUUAAAAAUAAUUUAUUCAUUAAGUAUGUUACAUGUUACAAAAAAUCACAUGAAUAAAUAUUACUUUAUUGUUUGUUAUAAAAGUUUGAAAAAAUUGUAAACUGAUUGUUAUUUGAAUAAAAUUCCGGAAACUGAAACCGCAACUAUUCUUUAAAGAGACGUACAUAUUAAAGCAUUAUCAAAUCUCCUGGUCUUUAAUAACCUCCUUUGACACACUUCUGCCUUGUUUGCUUCGGUUCAUCUUCCGUCCGCUUUUCCAUAAAUGGUGAAUUCAUUAUGCUAAUCUGUGCUCGAUAUUAAUACACUUCAAGUUUAAUAAUUUUCGAAAAUUAUAUAUUUGUGAUUAUUGUCAAGUUUUUCAUUAUGCGACUGUAUUUCAAGAUUUACGAAAACAUUUCUAUCAACAAGAAAGCAACUGUCAAAUACAUCAGAAAAUUGGUUUCGUUGAAUGCAAGGCGCAUGUUAGGCGGGGAUUCUAGAACGCAACGCUAUAGCGUUUCAACCACCCAGUUGUCACGUUUUGUUUUCAUUCUAUAUAAAAAAUUGUUUCGCAACAAAUAUUACAAGUUUUUCUAUGUAUUCAAAGCGCCUGGACAUCAUCUAGAGGAAUUCAAGAGGAGACAUAUAAAGAGAAUCGGAGCAACAGGGAAUACCUGCGAAUACUGCGGGAGAGUUGAGGAGAGUAUCAGCGAGUCUAACGAUUUGUUUCGAGCGUCCACAGUAAAGAAGGAAUGCUAGUAAGAGGAUGUCCAGUUCCUGACCAUGGUCGAAUCUCUACAUUAAAAUCAAAUCUACAAAAUCUUCUUCACCUCGUAAUGUAGAAACACCACUUUUAAUUCUUUUAAAUGGAAAAAGGAUAUAUGAGUAGAAGAAUUCAAGAUAAAAAAUUAAAUUGGAAGAAGUUUUGACAUAAGAACGUCUACAUAUAUCUGUGGCAGUAUUUAAUAAAAAACAAAUAAAAACUAUUAAAAAGGACGCUUUUCCCAAAAUAGUAUUCGAGAAAAAAUGGAUUAGUUAUGCUGUUGUACGGUUGAGAAAAAUUUUCCAGGAUGAAGGAAAGAUAAAUAUUUUUAUGGACAUACUUUAAAUCACUUCCUAUUUAAAAAAAAUCGUCAAUUCUAAGAAAAGUUACAAAUUAUUUUGGAUAUAUGCUGCACCUGAAAAAUCUGCAUUCUGUACUAUCUAUCUUCUGUAAGGAGACUAGAAUAUUCAAAUAGACUUUCUUUCUGGUGCCAUCUAUAUCAGUGCGAUAUAGAUGAAAAACUCCACAAAAUAUGCAAAGAAGGAUUUUAAAAGAACAACACAAUAGGAAAGAUGCAUUAAAAAAUCUAUUUAUCUAAAAAAAAUAUUUCAUAAAAAACAAUAUCCUUACACUCGAACAAAAUAAAAAAAUAAUUAAUCUGUUUCUACUAUCUGUGUAUAUAUUUGAAAUAAUUAGAUACUUUUUUUAUUAAUAAUAUACAAUUGUAAUAUUAACCUUUAGAGGACCUUCUGAUAAAGCUUUUUAUCGAAUUGACUUCUUCUUUACAAAUUUUUUAAAACAAAAGUUACUAAAAUCUGUGCAAAUUUAUUGUCCCUCUAAAGGUUAAUAUACAAAUUAUUAAUAUACAGUAGUACUUUAAUUUAUUGUCAACUGCUUAACAAACAUCUUGUCAAACUAUACCAAAAAGACAGAUAAGCAAAUGUGCAUAAU